GUUGCAGAAGGCAAUGGGACAACAUCACCUGCUGGCCUGAAGCAGAGGUGGGAGAAGUUGUGGUACGACCAUGCCCAAAAUACUUCAGGUUCCUCACCACUUUCCUUGGGAAUGUGACCAGGAAUUGUACAAGCCAGGGCUGGACAGACGUGUACCCUGCACCCUAUGCCUUAGCCUGUGGAUAUGAUUCCAACAGCACUCCAGGGGAAGAGCAAACAGCAUUCUAUGGCACAGUGAAGACAGGCUACACCAUUGGACACACCCUGUCACUCAUUGCCCUCACGGCUGCUAUGAUCAUUCUCUGUCUCUUCAGGAAACUACAUUGUACUCGAAAUUAUAUCCAUAUGCACCUCUUCAUGUCCUUCAUAAUGAGAGCCAUUGCAGUCUUCAUAAAAGAUGUCAUCCUGUUUGAAAGUGGAGAAUCAGAACACUGCUUUGUGAGCUCA